AGUACAUUUGUAACCGUAUAUUCAAGUCCUCCCGCCAACCUUAUCCCCAGACCCCGAGUCCCGGACCAACUUCACAGAAGACAGAAAGAAGGAAAGAAAACCUGAGGAAAACAUGGCUUCCACCUCCGUUUCAACCCUUUAUUCCUCUCUGUUUUGCCAUUCCCAUAUUAAUUUACAAUGUUGGAAUAAUCGAACAUGUUUCAGGCAUCCCAUGAGUUGGAGGAUAAGAGCUUCUUCAUCAGCUGCUUCUGGUGUGGACCUCAGCAUUCUUGAAUCUGCAAUUUCCAAGAAAGAAAGUGAUGCAGUUAAAGAAGUACUUGAUCAGCUGAGUGAAGUUGGUUGGGCGAAAAGGUGGAGUUCUCAGCCAUAUGUAUCACGCCGUACGACAUCUCUUCGAGAGUUGACAACCCUUGGGAUUAAAAAUGCAGAGAACCUUGCAAUCCCAAGUGUUAGAAAUGAUGCAGCGUUUCUCUUUACGGUGGUAGGAACAACUGGUUUUUUAGGUGUUCUCACUAGCCAGCUUCCUGGGGAUUGGGGUUUCUUUCUUCCAUACUUAAUUGGGAGCAUCUCUUUAAUUGUUCUGGCAGUUGGGAGCGUUUCCCCUGGUCUCCUUCAGGCAGCCAUUGGUGGGUUUUCAUCAUUUUUUCCUGAUUACCAGGAGAGGAUUGCUAGACAUGAGGCAGCUCACUUUUUAGUUGCCUACUUACUUGGCCUUCCUAUCCUCGGGUAUUCACUGGAUAUUGGAAAAGAACAUGUCAAUCUCAUUGAUGAAAAACUAGAACAGCUGAUAUAUAGUGGACAGCUUGAUGCCAAAGAACUAGACAGGUUAGCAGUAGUUGCAAUGGCUGGAUUGGCAGCAGAGGGACUAACAUAUGAUAAAGUGGUUGGCCAAUCUGCUGAUCUAUUCACUCUUCAGAGAUUUAUAAAUAGGAGCAAGCCGCAGCUUAGCAAAGAUCAGCAACAAAACCUCACAAGAUGGGCAGUACUCUUUUCUGGAUCACUGCUUAAGAACAAUAAGGCACUUCAUGAAGCAUUAAUCUCUGCAAUGUCAAAGAAAGCAACAGUUGUGGAGUGCAUAGAAGCAAUUGAAACAGCAGGGUGAUCAAAACAUGAAAUUAUGGCAGUUUCGUGGAGAAGAACAAUCAACAUGAUUUAAGAAUGAGAACAAUGCACUUGAUCAGUCACAAACCAGGAAUUCAUUUCUGACAAGGGAUUCAGCAUUGAGUCCGAAGAAAAUUUGCCACUCUGAGGGCUUUGCCUAAACCUGUUGAUUUGUUCUUUUUCUUCUCUCAGAUGAACUGAAAGUUGUCAUUCAAGAAGUCUAAGAUCCUUCAAUGCAUGUUGGAACUUGGAAGUAUGUUUUGGUAUCGGACAGUUACGUCAAAUUCUUAUCUUCCUCCUUAAACUGUACCAUAUCAUUACCUUUUAACUUCUUGGCAAUUGUACCAGUGGUCUAGUGGAUUAGAAAAAAAAAA